CCGGCUCCCACGGGCGCGGCAACAACCGGACGCGAGGUGCAAGUACAGGCCGAGCGGCAGGGUGUUCCAAUCCUCAAAUCCGGCGGCGUCUGCGCGGUCCCAGUCUGCCUUCUUUAUUUGUACUGCGUUGAGAAAAGGCCAGAGCUCUAGCCUAGUGGUUAAGGAGGCAGAGCCCAAGAGUCCAGCUGCAGCUCGAAUCCAGCCCUGGCAACUUCAGAGACACUGGUGCAUGUGCAUGCAUGUCCCCAGAUCCCAACAGGACAGACAAAUGGAGGAAGGGGGAUUGUGUCACGCCUCACGGGUGCUUUCGCCCUCUGGUUUUUAUUUUAGAGAAGUGAAGUUCCGCAGUUCCCUCUCCUGGCCCCGGUCGUCCUCUGCCCUCCCCAGAGGACGCGGCUCCCUUCAGAAUCAAGGACUGGCCGGCAGAGUGGGUAGCGCCGUGGAGACCCCGGGACGCGGGGCCGUGUGCACCGGCCCUUUCAGCACGCCAGUGGGCACGUCCGUGUCGCGCUCAGGCCCCACUCCGCCACCGCAGGCCAGAGCGGCGGGAUGGCGGACACGGUGCUAGGCGUGGGCACCGGCGUAUUCGUCCUGGCGCUGCUGUGGGUGUUCGUGCUGCUCCUCUGCACGCUGCUGGCCGGAGCCUCGGGGGUGGCCAGGCUCGCCGCCAUCCUCGCAGCCCUGGGUGCCCUGGCCGUCACGGCGGUGCUGCUGCUGCUCCCCCGGGCGGGCGCCCUCCCAGCCCCCGAGGCCGAAGUGAAGGUGGUGGAUACCCUGUUCGUCGGCCGCUGUGUCCUGCUGGCCUUCCUCAGUGCCGUCUUCCUCGGAGGCCUCUUCCUGGUCCUGGUUCAUCAUGGCCUGGAGCCCGUCUAUGCCAAACCUCUGCGGUCCUGCUGAGCACGCUCAGGGAAGCCACACGGUGCCCCACCAGGCGGGACCGGACGCCACCAUUCCCGCCUCAUCCCACAGCCCUGGGCUCUGGGUCACAGGGGCACCACCCACCGCCAGGUCACGGGUCCUGGCUCAUCCCAGUGGUGACUCCUGCCUGCCUACGAGGGGGCUAAUGUGUCCACACCUGCCCCGGUGCAUCUGCUGCGAGAGGGCCAGUGCAGGGACCUGCGGGGUCAGCUCCGGGUUGCUGGGGGGCACCGUGGCAUCUGCUCUGGGUGGCAGAGUCUGGUCCUCAGGCAGCGGGCGCCACUCCCAGGUGUGGGCCGGAUGGUGUGGAGCAGCCAGGCGCACACCGAAUGUCAGGUAAUUCGGAAGACUCCUCCAGGUGCCGGGACUGAGCCCAGAGCCCCACAAGGAAGGGUGUUACGUCUGCGAGAGCCAGACGCAGCCACGGCACCCUUGCCUGCUCUGGCCACGGCGCUUGCACUCCAGUGUCAGUGCUCCACGCGUGCUCGGGCCGGGGAAAGGCAUGGGGGUCACGUGCUGCCGCCGUGCCAGUGUCUUUUGUCCAGGAUCUGGGCCUCAGUGAGCGCGGGGUCCUGUCCAGCCUCGCAGCCGGCGAGGAGCGCAUGUCUGCACCUCCUCCCGCCUGGGCACCCAGCAUGCAGACGUGGAAGACGCCUGCUCCGCGCGUCCCAGUGUAGAGACCCCUCCUCUGAGGGAAGGUCUGGGCUAAGCUGGAGGGUCCACCACUGACCAGCACACCGGCCUCUUCCAGACAGCGACAGCCCCCACCUUAAAGCAGAAAAUGCAGGACUCGUGCAGGCGAGUGAGUGCCCACGUCACUAAACGGCUGGUGUGCAGAGCCUGGGGUGGCCAGGUCAGGGCCAUGUCCCCUCCUCUGUCUUCUAGUCCCUAUCAUGGGUCUGGCACCCUGAACUUCAGCCGCAGGUGGCCCUGGCUGUGGGGCAGGUGGUCACCCCGCCUUUUAGCUGUGCCCCUGGGUCUCACUCCCUGUGGGAAAGCCUAUAUAAGAACACC